AUGUUCAGACAAUUUUUCGACACAUCGUUUACUGACUAUCGACAAGUGCGAGUUGUUCUACAAGAGUUACCUGAUAAUCCAUUAAAAGAAUCAUCACCUGAUUUUCAAAGAUUUUCUACAAGUAUUUUCAAUCAUAAAAACUAUACAUUCGAACAUUUUAAAGUAGAAUAUUGUUAUGUGAAACGAAGUUUAACUGUUACUGAAGCACACUUCAACGAAAUCCAAUUGUAUCGGCGACCAUUUGGUUUCAUUUUUUUCACUGUUUGUCAUACAAGUGAAGAAUUACGGAUCGUACUUGAAGAAUUUUUUAAAAUUAAACAACGAGAAAAAGAUGCUUGUACACAUUUAUUUGUUCGUUAUAGAACUAAGAAUAGUGAAGAUGAAGAUGAUGAUGAUGAUGAUGAUGAUGAAGCAUCUAUUGAUGAUAAACUUAAUAUUGCGACUAAUGAUGAAACUUCUAGCGAGUAUAUAGCUUCAGCUCGUCCAUCAUUUUCAAGCAUUGCCAGUUCUGAUGGUUACCAUUCAUUAUCGCAGCCAGCUUCACUUUUCAAAUUACAAGAGUCAAUAUCAUACGAUGAUAAUUCAAGUGUAACAUCAGAUCCACCAUCACUUACAAAUAGUUUUAAUGGUACACCAACAUUCAAGGCACUUGCUCAUGACUCCCCAGAUGAAGUUGUGAAAGGCGAAGAUGCAACUGCAACGAUAACAAUAAAUUUGACACAAUCAAAUGAUCAAACAGUAAAAAAACCUAGACCACCACUAUUCAAAUCUAAAACAAUAACAGCAACAAAUUUGUUCGAUUCAUUUGAUAGUGAUCUAACACGAGCAUUGCAUCGUUUAGAAACUAAUCUAUCGAAAUCUACAUUAGAUUCCAAAGGAUUCGAUACAUUAAUAUCUUCAAUUGAUUCACAGUUCGCUGAUAUUCGUUUAAUGAUAAAUUCUGAAAAAGAUUGUACUCUACUUGAAAAUCAAAGUAAACAUUCUAAGGGACUUGUUCAUGAUCGUAUGUACACAUCUGUAUUAAAUGAAUUCGAUAUGCGCAUAAUGAAAAUAGUGUUCAAUCAAUAUUUAAAAGCUAGUCUUAUUCUAAAUAAUGAAUCAUUAAAAACUAAAUUAUCGAAAAAAAUCAUCGAAGCGCGAACAAUAAAACGCAAAGGCGAUUGUUGUUUACUAUUUGGUGCGAUGGAAAAAGCCCAGCAAGAUUAUCACCGUGCCGCUGAAGCGCUUAAAACUCAAAAUGAUACUAUAUGGCUUGCAGCUGCAUUAGAAGCGCGUGUAGCAGCAAGUUAUUUAUCAACGCACAAACCAAAGCGUCACAUGCAAAAAACAAUAUCAUUUUUCAAACAAAUUUCCUUGACUAGAAAAAUACCAGUGGAAAAAUAUCUAAAUCGAUCAAAUACACCAUUAAAUUUACAGCCUAAAAUUGAAAUGGCGAUACAAAUGUACAGCACUGCUAAUCGUUUAUUAUUUAAUAAAAUGGAAUUUCAACUUGAACUUGAUGUAUGUCUACGUUGGUGUACUUUAUUGCAAGAACAAAUCGAUGUUAAAAAACAUCAUGAUGACAUUAUUCAAUAUAUUGAUCGAAUUAAUAUAUUAGGUUCAUAUUUAGAAGAACAUAUUGAUAGUAUCUAUCUGAAUACCUAUCUCGCCGAAUCCUAUGAAUCUAUUGGUUUCAAACGGAAAAGUGCGCUAUAUUAUCGAUCGGCAGCUUUUUCAGGCUUAAGAUUAUUAAAUGAAGAAGAAUCGUAUCACGAGGAAAUAAAUUUAUUUGAUAGAUUGAUUAAAGAAGCUCGUAAAGGUUAUGGUAUUGAUGAUAAUCAAUCGAUUUUUCCAUUGAUACAAAAAACAAUCCUAAAUGAAUCCAUUCAAAUUAGCCUUCAGAAAAAUGAUUUUACAACAAUUAUCGAGAACGUUCAUUUUGCAAUUGAAUGUUUACUUGACAAUAUGACUGAUGCUGAAGUGGAAGCCCUUCUAUCGUUUUUAAAAGCAAGUGAUCAAUCUAUCUCUUGUGGUUAUUGCAGUAUUCCUCGAUUGAAAUCUCUUGAUUUAAUGCCAUUGUCGAAUCAAUUAAAAGUAUGGAAAGCUGAACCAAAAAAUAAUAUAUUUAUCUAUCAUGCCAAACGUGCUGUACCUGCUCAACAACAGUCGCUGCAUCGGAAAGUAGACUUUUAUUGGGUAAAAAAUGAACGUGCACAAAUAGGACUUGUCGUAGAAAACUAUUUGCCAGCAGCAAUGAUUAUUGAUCAAUUAGAUUUUAUAACUGAAAAUGAAUUAUUAACUACUCUUGAUACAACAUAUCGUAUACCACCACGUACAACUAAAUGUUUAUCAAUCGAUUGUAUACCAAAAGAAGUUGGUCAACUUCGUAUUCUAGGUCUGCGUUAUCAUAUUUGGUCAACAAAUCAAGUAUUUCGUUUUGGAAAUUUUCCAACGAUUCGCCAAUGUCUAUGUUCAAUUGAUGUAGUCGAUGAACUACCAAUUCUUGAUGUUGAAUAUCUUUUAGUUAAUGAUACUAAAAUCGAACUUAUAGAUAAAUCAACAAUAUGUAAUGCUCAAGUUCAUCGAGGUGAAGAAUUAUUUGUAACACUUGGAUUAAUCAAUUCUUCGUUAGUAUGUGAUGUUGAUAGUUUGGAAAUUCAAGUUUUUGCAUAUGGUUUCAAUAUGACAGAGUAUAUCAAAAUCUCCGAAUUCGAUUUACCAAUAUUGAUUUCCAACAGCAUAAAACCAAAAAUAGAUCUUACAGAAAUUUAUAAUCGUUGUCUUUCUCGACAGGAUCGAUCAACGGUCAAUCUUGAAUGUUUGACUAUUGAAUUACGUUUAAAUUAUUCAAAUGAAUCAUCAAACACAAGUGGAUAUUAUCGAAAAAAUAUUGUUGAACUUCGUCUUGAUUAUAUUGCAUCAGUUACAUUUGAAAUCAAUGAUAUACAAAAUGAUGAAGAUGAUUUAUUAUAUCUCAUGUGUUGUACCAUUGAUAAUCAUCUAUCUGAAGGCGCUAUAUUUCAAAACAGUACAGUAAAACCAUCAGAAUCAUCUUUAGUAUUAUUAAAGCGAGACAAAAUAAAGUUGAAUGCAUUUCCCUCUGAUUUAAAUCAAUUAAUUACUGAUAUUCGAACACAAUUACCGUUAUGUAUUCAUUAUAGAACAACUGAUUCGAAUAAACAGCUUAAUUUACCAAUUGAUUGGCAACAUUUUUCAAAUGAUAAAAUUCAAAAUCAUCUAUACGAUCUUAUUCAAUCGCCUUACACAUGUUUUUGGCAUUUUGAAAGAAUUGUGAAUACUUUACAUAUAAAUUUAUGUGUUCAAGCAAAAUAUUAUCAAAUUUCUAAAUUAGAAUUUUUAUUUCCAGCAUCUAAUGAUAUCCGAUUUUUAAAUUCAAAUAAAAUUAUAUUUGAUAAGAUUGAAGUAGGAAAAUAUUUAAUGGCUCAACGUAUUUUAAUGUUUUCACAAGAAAAUAAUUCUGAUGUAAUUGUUGUUGAUAUUAGUAUUAAUAAUAUACAAUGGAAAAGGCUUACAUUAACAUUUUAA